AUGGGUUUAUUUGACAGAAGAAGGAGAUAUGAUUCAUAUCAAGGUUUCAGCAAAUAUACUCAUGAUAUAAAUACUUACCAUCACCCAACACAACAUGCUGGUUUACCAAUCACCGUAAAUGGACAACAACAACAACAACAACCCCACGUACAACUGCAAUUGCAACGUACACAAUCUUUGACUAGUGCCGGUCAAGCCGCUGCCGCUGCCUUGAGAUUACAUAGUAGUCCGAUUCAGAAUUAUGGUGGUCAAACUGUACCUCAACGUCAACAUAAGGCCAAUGCAAGAUCGAAUUCGCUAAGUGUUGGUAAUAAUGGCCCGCUAAAGCAGUAUCUUUAUACCCCGCAGCCAUCUUAUGAUCCACGGACACACAAUUUCCCAGCAGCAGCAGCGACAGCAGCGACAGCAGCGACACCUAGAAGGUACAAUAGCUUAACCUUACAGAGUAGAAACAGUCUCACCAGGAACAGCCAGAUAACUCGAGGACAACAAUUGAGCAACGCAAAUCUUUAUGAAAAGACUGGUAAAAAACCAGCAAGAGAUAGGGAAGGACGUGAAGAAGAGGAAGAAGUAGUAGAGGAUGCAGAAUAUGUAGUUACAACAACAACUACAAAAGUAGUAGACCAACAUGGUCGAACUCAGUCCAUCACCACGAAAACGGUGAAAACAUUUCCCGAUGGAUCUAAUAUAAUUGAAACAGCAACAAAGAAUAUCUCGAGAAAUAACUCUAGAUCCAAUUCACUCAGCUCAGCUAACUAUAGAAAUAACUCAAUGUCACACAUUCAAGCUAAUUUAACAAAAAUUGAUGAAGAUUUACAAAAUUUCGAUUACGAUUAUCAAGUCGAUGAACCAGGAACCAAACUCAAAUUGAAUAGGGGGAACAGUAAUGGUAGUAAUUCCCUUGAAGAAAUCAAGGAAUCCGCCAUAGAUAGUGACAGUAUUGAUCAUAAUAGUCGUGCUAAUCUCGAAAUUGGUGAGGUAAUAUCAGAACAAGAAUCGCAUCAACGUCUAGGUUCAGCUUUUGUGGAGCCGCCACAGAAUAUUACCCAUCAAGAUAAAGAUAGAACCACAUCCUUAAGCAGUCAGGGUCAACAUUUGAGAUCGAUUUUGAAAACCAGUAGUAAUAAGUCAUAUGCAGAUGAAACAGCGCUUGAAAAUGUUGAAACUGUAACUGCUCAAGAAAUUACCAAAUCAAACAGUGGGCCUUCCAUCACUACAAGUCCCGUGGUCAAUUCUUCACCAUCUGCUCAGCAUCCUUAUAAGAACUUUGCAGAGCCGCCUGCGUUACUGCAUUUUUCUGAAAAUAUUCCACAACCUGAACACACCCAACAAGAUCAACAACAAGAACAAGAACAACAGCAGCAGAAGCAGCAGCAGAAGCAACAACAACAACAACAACAACAGCAACAACAACAACAGCAACAACAACAACAGCAACAACAACAACAGCAGCAGCAGCAGCAGCAGCCAUUCACAACUAUGAGGACAAUGCGGCACAGUCCUUCUGGUUCAAACAUUACGCCACUGCAGCAAAAAUCACCAGUGACGUCUCCAAGACAAGCUGCUCAUUAUAGUCAUUCUUUGGGAAGUUCAAUCAAAUUUGAUGAAAAUGUGAAAACAAUACUAGUUCCCCCCAAUGAAUCAUCUGCUAGUCCUGUAACAACAGCAGCACCAGCAGCAGCAGCAGCACCAGCGGGAUCACCACCACAAACACAAAAGCAAUACACACCUGCUCAUAGACUGAAAGUACCAGUUUCAGGAUCAUCACUAUUAACGGAACCAAGUCCCGAUUUUUACGCAGCAGCAAUGCAAGCGGCUUAUAAAAAAGUUUACGGAGAUCGUAACCCAAAUGUGAGUACACCUGUUCCUCAAGCAUCUAGCUUUACUCAAGCAUCUCCGCCUUUGGCAGAAGCCACUCGGCCAUUCAAAUCUCGUACACAACGGAGAUCCAAAUUUGGCUUUCUUCCUUUAAGUUCUCGUGAAGAUCAUCAAGAACAUGAUUACCAACAACAACAACAGCAACAACCUGUAGUAAAUCAAGUAGUUGAUGAUCAACAAGCACAACUGCCGCUAACACCUCCACAACCAGUUCACCAAACUCAACGUACUUCCUCGAUGGAUUCCCUUAGCAAGAAAAAACACCAACAGGAUAAGGAAACAGGAGCAAGUCAAUCAGUUCCGCAAAAUUAUGAAUAUACUAAUCAUCACAAGGAGUUUGCGUUGUAUUCAAUGAGAGAUGAACCCGCUGUUGCAUUAAAGAGGCAAGAAAGAGCUAAAGAGGAACAAAGGUUAGCCAAACAACAAGCUAAAGAGCAGGCGAAGGAGGAAAAACAAAAGAUGAAGGAACAAGCUGAAGAAGAGAAACGAAUUGCAAAAGAACGAGCUGAGGAAGAAAAGAGAUUAGCCAAGGAACAGAUUGAGGCGGAAAAGAGGGCACAGAAGGAGGCAAAGGAAGCAAAGACAAAAGACAAAAAGCUAUUUGGUGGACUUUUCAGCAAAAAGAGACGCCAUAGCCAUUCCGGCAACCCGAUUGAAUCAUCUGAAACUAGUCAACAACUACAACAACAACAAGAACAAGAAGAAGCGAAAAGACGGAGUCUUGCUUUACCUAGAGAGACAGGCAUUCUUAGUGCUUCUUAUGGUGGUGCUGAUGUACCUACAGUACAAGGUCAUUCUACCACUCCUACUCAGAUCAUCCAGGAAACCCAGCAAACCACUGUUGGUAGGCCCAAUGAAGUUGUCGAUGAACCUGUUGCAGCAGCAGUUGGUGCUGCCAAUGGCUUUGUGUCACAGGAUUUAGGCCCUGUGCCUGUGCAUGCAGCCAAUACCAGUAUUUCUACUCCACAAAUGUCAUCUGAUAUCACAGAUGUUUUUGCUUCCAAUAACUCUGGGACAUCGAUAUCAAGAAAGGCGGAUGCUUUGUCUAGUCCAGGAAUGCAUUCGUUAGAUCCACGAUCUUUAGGCAGUCAAGAAUCCACGUUUUUAAUGGAAACAAGGAAUAAAAGAAACAACAACAGCAAUAAUAGCAUCGUCGAUAGCAGCAUCGUCGAUAACGGCAUCAUCGAUAACGACAUCAUCAAUAACGGCACCAGCAAUAAUCACAACAGCACUAAUGACGAGAAUGAGUUGGUUAGGGAUAAAAACCAUUUGAAUGAGUCUGAUUUUCCAAGUGCUAUUAAUGCCAAUGACAACGCCAAUUAUGCACAACCUGGUUUUGUAAAAGAGGAAGAUACUGACGUUGUAGUUGUGGAUGAUGGAGAGUAUUACCAGGUAUCUGUACCAAGAAACUAUUCUUAUCAGGAGAGUGAUUAUCAAGAUGCUCAAGAUGCUCAAGAUAAUAAUGAACUACCAGCCACGGAUUUAACAAGCGAGAGCAGGGAAGAUAGCAAUCAAGGAAAAGAGGCGUCAUCAUUACCAUUAGAUACUACAGGAGAACAUAGUCAACCUAUAGUUUCUGUGCCCGAACUGAAUGCUGCAGUCAAUGCCAAUCAUGAAGAUGUGACAUUUGUGAGCGAUGAGAAUACUAAUAUUGCUACUUCCAGUAGAGAAGAUUUGAACAUUAAUGAUAAUAGGCAACAACAGCAACAACCUAUUCAGCAAGUAGGUAGGGAAGGAAGUUUCCAAGACGACGUACCACCACGUAGUGAUAUUAUUCCUCCUCGUGCCGAUCUUACCAGUUCUCAGCUUGCUACUGUGUAUGGUAUGAAUAAUCAAGAAGUUAAAGCCCUGGCUUUUGUUAAAGAGCAAGAUUUACGUUCACAGCAUCCUGAGUUACUGGGAAGAGAACAUAUUUCUGGAUUACAGUUUAUCAAGAAGAGUUCUGCAACCAAUAGCACUAAUUCAUUUGGAAGAGGAGGCGGCGAAGAACAUAGCAACAAUAAAGGUGUUUGGGAGAUCACUCGUACUACCCAGCCAGUGGGCAAAAAUGAGCAGUCAUACACACAACAACAAAGACUGCAAUACACUCCACAGCGGGAACAAGCACUGCAUGCAGCGUCUUCUCUGCCCCAACAACAUACACAACAACACUCUUUUCCCCAAAUAAUCUCUUUACCGUUACAUCAACCACCACCUACAACUGAAGCUGAACAUGACUCGACCUCGGCUCACCCAAGCGCUGAUACGCUACCAACUACCCAAUCGAUACACGGAGUAGAAGCGCAACCACCGACUGUCAACAAUACAGAAGUAGCAGAUGAGAAAGGCAAGAAAAAUAAAAAGACAAAGAAGGAGAAAAAAGGUAGUAAAUUUAAACAAAAAAUGUUUAAAUAUUUCGUUAAUUCUUAUGAUAAUUAA